AAGGGAGAGAAGGGAGAAAAUAGUAUCAGAGAAAUCCACUGCUCACUUCCAACAUCAAAUUCAAACAUGUCCAUAGCUUUAUCUCAGCAGAGCUUCUUCUUCAAUGCUCUGUCAUCAACCCACUUCCCCAAAAGGAAGAUCUUCACUUCUGUAACCUCCACUAUCUCAUGCAGAUCCCCAUCUGAUGAUUGUGAUGGAGAUUCCCCCAGGAAGAGGGAGAAUCAAUUGGCAAAACUGGCAAUGGUAACAUUGGCAGCUGGAGUGUUGACACUGGGGUCAGUUCAUGAGGCCUCUGCAGCCAAGACUGGUGGCAGAAUCGGGGGUCAGGCUUUCCGGUCGGCUCCUCCUCGUGCAUCCUCCCCUAGAAUCAAUAAUUCGAGGACCAACAUUUACAUAAAUCCACCAGUGGCACCGCCUCUAGUUGGUGGUUAUGGAUUUGGCUAUGGUGUACCGUUCUAUGGCGGGUGGGGUUGGUCUCCAUUUUCAUUUUUUGCCCCAGGUCCUAGUGUUGCCAUUGGCGUUGGAGGUGGAUUCGAAGUUCUAGUUCUAUUUAUGUUCCUUGGUGCUGUUGCUGCUGUUAUAAGGAGAUUUGCUGGAUCAAAAGAUGAGGACGACGACUACUAUUGAGAUACAAAACAAGCUUUUUGUAUAGGAUUAUAUCAAGUUGAUGAAGGUGCUACAAUAUUGUAUAUGGUAAUGCCAUUGUGGGAUCUUGCAAGCCUAGAAAUAUCAUGUAAUGUAAUUACUUCAAAGAGACCAUCUUGUAACUGCCAGUGCUACAUUCCACUGUUCUUUUUCCAGGUAAAAAAGAACUGAAUUCAGAGAAUGGAAACAAAAAACAUAAUUUUUUGCCUAGCAAAA